GGGGCGGGGGGGUCCCGGUGCUCGGUCCCGGUCCCGGCCUUUGUACUGAUCCUGGUCACGAUCCCCGGCUUGCUCUCGAUCCAAGUCCUAGUCGUGGUCCUGGUCCCGAUCCUUAUUCCACUCCUAGUGCUGGUCCCGGUCGUGUUCCCGGUCCCGAUGCUUGUCCCGGUCCCGGCUCCGCGGUGCCGCUGGUCACGGGCCGCCGUCAACCCCAGAGAAACCAGGCCAGUGGCACCGCUCUGGAUGGUGAUGUGCUCACAUCUCGCUUUGUUCUCCCCUGAUCAAAGCCACGCAGAUGGAUUUGCUCUGGUAACUUUCCGUUCUCUUGAGGUUCAGGCAAACUUUUGACAGGAUGUUGGGAUUUCUGAAGGAGCCAGUUGUGGUCACUGCAAAGAUCAAUGUGAACCUUGUGGCACUAACCAUGAUGGGAUUAAUAAGUCGUCUCUGGGGACUUUGCUAUCCACGGGCUGUGGUUUUUGAUGAAGUUUAUUAUGGCCAAUUUGUUUCACUCUACAUGAAGAGGAUCUUCUUCGUGGAUGACAGUGGCCCACCCUUUGGCCACAUGCUGCUGGCUUUGGGAGGUUACUUAGGAGGAUUUGAUGGAAACUUCCUAUGGAACAGGAUUGGAGCUGAAUACAGCAUGAAUGUUCCUGUGUGGUCCCUGAGACUCCUGCCAGCCCUGGCUGGUGCUCUCUGUGUGCCUUUAGCCUACCAGAUUUUGGUUGAACUGCACUUGUCCCACUGUGCUGCACUUGGAGCUGCUCUUCUGAUUCUCUUAGAGAACUCUCUGAUCACUCAAUCAAGGUUCAUGCUUCUGGAAUCAAUACUGAUUUUUUUUAUCCUGCUUGCAGUUUUGUCCUACCUGAAGUUCUACAAUUUGCAAAAGCACAGUGCCUUCUCUGGAAGCUGGUGGUUUUGGCUCCUGCUGACUGGAGUAGCCUGUUCUUGUGCAGUUGGAGUGAAAUAUAUGGGCCUGUUUACCUAUAUGCUGCUCUUGGCCACUGCAGGACUCCACUUCUGGCACAUGAUAGGAGACCAGAACUUGUCAAAUGUUUCCUUGCUGUGCCAUUUUCUAGCUCGGGGUCUGGCCCUCAUCAUCAUCCCCAUGGGGCUGUACCUCUCCUUCUUCUAUGUUCAUUUGGCUUUACUGUAUCGCUCUGGGCCUCAUGACCAGAUCAUGACAAGUGCUUUCCAAGCCAGCUUAGAGGGUGGGCUGGCUCGAAUCACUCAGGGUCAGCCCUUAGAGGUGGCCUACGGCUCUCAGAUCACCCUGCGGAACGUGCUGGGCAAGCCCAUGCAGUGCUGGCUCCACUCUCACACCAAUACUUACCCCAUCAGGUAUGAAAAUGGCCGAGGGAGUUCCCAUCAACAGCAGGUGACCUGCUAUCCCUUCAAGGAUGUGAACAACUGGUGGAUUGUCAAAGAUCCUGGAAUGCAGCAGCUGGUGGUGAGUAACCCACCACGGCCCGUCAGGCAUGGGCACAUUGUGCAGCUGGUCCAUGGCAUCACAACUCGCUACCUCAACACGCAUGAUGUUGCUGCUCCUCUUAGCCCCCACUCCCAAGAAGUUUCCUGCUAUAUUGAUUAUAACAUCUCCAUGCCAGCACAGAACCUCUGGAGAGUGGAAAUUGUAAAUCGCGAGUCUGACACUGAUGUGUGGAAGACAAUUCUGUCAGAAGUGAGGUUUGUUCACGUGAACACCUCUGCAGUGCUAAAGCUCAGUGGAGCAUCUCUGCCUGAGUGGGGGUACCGGCAGCUGGAGGUGGUUGGAGAGAAGCUGUCCAAAGGCUACCACCAGAGCAUGGUGUGGAAUGUGGAAGAGCACAGAUAUGGCAAAAGCCAAGAGCAAAAAGAGAGGGAAGUGGAACUCCACUCUCCCACACAGAUGGACAUCAGUAAAAACCUCAGCUUCAUAGCAAAGUUCACAGAAUUGCAAUGGAAAAUACUCACAUUAAAAAAUGAAGACACAGAACAUAAGUACAGUUCCUCUGCCCUGGACUGGAUCACAAUGGACACCAAUAUUGCCUACUGGCUCCACCCUACCUCAGGGGCCCAGAUCCACCUCCUUGGGAAUGUUGUCACCUGGGCUUCAGCUAAUGCUGCUGCUCUGGUCUAUCUGUGUCUGUCCCUGUGGUACUUGCUACGGCGAAGGAGGGAGAUUUAUGACAUCCCUGAAGAUGCCUGGCAGCUCUGGAUGUCAGCAGGAGGCAUCUGUGGUGGAGGCUGGGCUGUGAAUUACCUGCCCUUCUUCCUGAUGGAGAAAACACUUUUCCUGUACCACUACCUGCCCGCUGUCACAUUCCAGAUUCUCCUGAUUCCUGUGGUACUGCAGCAUCUCAGUGAUCAUCUCUGCAGAUCUGUGCUGCUCAAGAGCAUGUUCAGUGCCCUGAUUGUAGCCUGGUUCUCCUCAGUGUUCUUUGUGUACUGCACCUUCAGCCCCAUGACCUACGGGCAGCCCGCCCUGUCCCUCACAGAACUCAAGGCCUUGCGCUGGAAGGACACCUGGAACAUCCUGAUGCGAAAGCAGUGACCACUCCAGCCUUGGGACAGCAAAAGGAAACACCUUUUGUGCAAAGCCAAGAAUUUAUUGUUAAUAUCAUGGAAAUCUUAACAGUCAGUUCAGGUAUUUUGUAGUAGUCCAGAUCUAACGGUUACAGGAGAAGAAAAUAAAGGAACACUGUUACAGAAAA